CCAUAAGGCAGCGCGCACGCCUAUAAAUUCGCUGCGUUCGCUGAGGCGCUCAGUGCCCGCAAGGGGACUCCCUGGCCGCCAGUCCUUUUGGCGGCCUCUCAGCGCUUUGGCGCUCCUCCCUUUCCUCCCCUGAGCCCCAGUUGGCUGAUCUCCGCUAUUGGGCGGAAAACUAAGACUUUACUGCUGCCUUCCCUGAGUCAGAGUGACUCGGCAACCUCAUGGAUAAUAACAACCCCCCAAAAAAUAAUCCAAAAGGGGCCGAACUCUUCAUGGAAUGUGAAGAGGAAGAGCUGGAACCAUGGCAGAAAAAAGCAGAAGAAACUUCAGAUGAUGAUGAGCUAAUCUUCGUUAAAGAGAUAUCAAAUUCAAAAACUGCCAUUUCAAGUAAUUCUGAUGAAUUGCAGUCUCUAAGUUCUAUGUCUACCUUGCUUUUGUGUCCGCCUGACUCAAAAUCUACAGACAGCAUUGCAACUCAGGAUUAUACGGGGCACUUACAACAAACUCAUUUGGAUGAUUCUUCAGACUUACGAUCUGACCUGACCCAGGAUGCAGUACCAGAGUCCCCAAGCAUAUCAAAUAUUCUUCCAGAAGGUUGUGGUCAAACUUCACCUGAAUUAAAAGUCCCUUCUACUUCUAAAGAAAACAGUGUUAAUCCAGUACAACCAAAUACCAGUGAAAUUGUUUGUGAAGUAAAUCCCUCUGCUUCAGUGUCUUUAAUGGACCGUUCUUCAGAGGCACCCUCCCAGUCUACUGGAGGAACAGGAACUGCAGAUACCUCAUCAUCUCAAGAUAAAACUGGAAAAUCUGUACUAAAAGCUUGUCCAAAGUGCAAUUCUGAGUUCAGUCUUUUGGAGCCUUUGAAAUUCCACAUGAAGCAUUGUUGUCCAGACAUGGUGAAUAACUUCUUGGAACUUAAAGUAGAAUCUUCACAUACUGAAGACACCGCCGAGAUUGCUCCGGAGAAGGAGAAAUUAAUUAUGUUAGUUAGUGACUUUUAUUACGGAACACAUGAAGGAGAUACUGAGGCAGAACCAAAGACUUACACAACUUUUAAAUGUGUCACUUGCUGUAAAGUUCUUAAAAAUAAUAUUAGGUUCAUGAACCACAUGAAACACCACUUGGAACUUGACAAACAGAACAGUAAGAGUUGGGAAAGCCAUACCACCUGCCAGCACUGCUACCGAAAGUUUUCCACACCCUUCCAGCUGCAGUGCCACAUUGAGAAUACACACACCCGUCAGGAAGUUUCUACUACUUGCAAAAUCUGUGAAUUAUCAUUUGAAACAGAGCAUGUUCUUUUACAACAUAUGAAAGACACUCAUAAACCUGGUGAGAUGCCGUAUAUUUGCAAGGUUUGCCAGUUUAGAUCAUCAACAUUUUCUGAUGUAGAGACUCAUUUUAGAACAUCCCAUGAUAACACUAAAAACUUGUUGUGUCCAUUUUGCCUCAAAGUUAGUAAAAUGGCAACCCCCUAUGCGAAUCAUUACAUGAAGCAUCAGACUGUCCUUUGGGCUGAAAACCAUGAUGAAGCAGCGGGAGUUUCUGGGAGAAAGAACAGCCGUGCUUUGCCAAAAUCAGAAAAAAAAGGAAUUCAACAAUGCACAAAAUGCAGACUGCAGUUUUUGACCUGCAAGGAAAAAAUGGAUCACAAGAUAGAGCAUCGUACAUUUAUAAAGCCUAGAGAACUAGAAGGAUUGCCUCCUGGAGCAAAAAUUACGAUUCGAGCUUCAUUUGAACAUCUUCCGUCAAGAGAAGCAAGUACAUCUUCAAGUCCUCAAAGUGCUUCUGUUGAGGUUUCACCUCCACAGUCUAAAAAUUCAAGUGCUGAAAGUCUUUCAAAUGCUAAUUCAAGUAAAUCUAAGACGAGUGCAGCUUCACCCACUGCAAAUAAACCUAGUACAAGUAAGCCAGGAGUAGGUACAGCUAAAGACAGAAAGAAAUCCAGUUACAAGCAUAAGACUCGCCGCAACAGAAAAAAUGCAAUCAGCAUAGCUUUGAAGAACUUAAGGUAUCCUCAGGGGAUACACAAGUGCAUUGAGUGUCGUUCCCAAAUAAAAGACUUCGUAAGCCACUUUUGUAUAUAUAGCCGCUGUACUCUUUGCAAGUACAACACUAACUGCCAAAAAGCCUUUAUAAAUCAUAUGACGAGCAGUCAUGCCAGCUAUCCAAGUAAACAGUUACGUACUCUUAAGAAGCAUUCUGGAGCUUCCAGGGGCAUUACUCUAGUGUGCCUUAAAUGUGAUUUCCUAACUAAUUCUUCCAGCUUAGAUCAAAUGGCUAAACACUUAAAUCGGCGUAGAACUCAUACUUGCCAAGUUAUAAUAGAGAAUGUUACAGAAAGUACCUCAACUUCUGAACCCACUUCUCAAUGCAGAAGCAACACAGAAAUUUCAAAAAAUGUCCAGGGUACUCCUGGACAGUGUCCCCCUUCAAUGGACACACCUGAUGCCUGUUCUCUCUUUCCACGGAAUGUGAAUUAUUUGACUGUGAGACCUCUAGUUCGUGGCCUUAAGAAAGUCCGCAAGGAGAGUCCCUUGCUACCUGACUGGCCUCCCAUAAGGCUGAUGCUGAUUUGGCCAGAGAUGACCUCAGAGCCCACCAAAUUGAGCACAACUUCCCACUGAGGGUUUUGACACUUGAUCUUAAGCAUGAGAGUUGAUUCUAACCAAGACAAGACCAUGAAAUCAGUCUUUCAACACCCAAGUUAAAGUUCAAUCAUUUUGGCUGCUGCCCUUUAAUAAUCUAGCAUGCAUGCAGUCUAAGGAAUAUAAAAAUUUUGGUCCUAUAAGGAAGCAAGAUUGCUUUCUUAUUCUCAGAAAACCAAAGUUUAUAAAUUUACUUUGCCAACAUAAGUUAUUAUUGCAUUUAAAGUUUUAUUCAGUAUUAAUGCUAAGAAUUUUCAGCAAUACUAAUAUUCAGAUUUGUAAUUUUUGCAACUUUAAUUUUGGUAGCUUUGUUUUGUGUCAUUCAUCAAAUUUAUUGAUGUUCAUUUCGUUAUGUCUCCUUUGUACUUUUCUUUUUAUGCCUUUUGUUUGUUUUGUUUCUGUUAAGAACUCCAAGACAUUUCAUAAAAUUCUCUGCAAAUUUCAUGUAGUUAAUACAUGUAGCUUCUUAAUUUGAUACCUGUUCAGACCGUUUGAUAUUAUAACAUGCUCUAUCUUGGGACUAUCAUUUCUAUUUUAGGGAUUAUGAAUUCAAAAGACAAAGAAUUGGUAAAAUCUUAUUUCAGACUUUAAAACAAGUUUUAAAGUUACAAAUAUCUAAUACGUAAUAUCUUAGCCAUUAAUUCUUUUGGAUAAAGAUAAUAUAUUCAAAAGUAUUGGGACCAAAAAAUGCACUUGUUUCUUGCCUAUAUAUAUAUAUGUGUAUUUUUUAAUUUGGUAUUUAUUUUGGCUACAUUGAAUAUAGAUUUGCUGAACAGUUUUGAUGUUA